UGAUGGAAGCUGUGCAGACUUCUGCAUUCAGUGACGCUGCUCCUUACCAAACAUACUCAUCUCUGAACAGGCAACUAUUUCUCAAUCGACGAGAUCUGAGAAUUGGAUUGCGAUUUGCAAGUUUAAACAGAAAUAAAGCAGUGUGUUUCUCUAAGCUGGCCAUUGCUUGUGUUGUGCUAGGCAAAAGAUGCACCUUUGUUAGGACAACUGACCAUGUAAGUGAACUACUGCUGUCACAGAAAAUCAUAACUCUCCAUAUAGUACCUAGUCAAGUCUUGUAUACAUCGCUAAUGAACCAUAAUGAACGAUUCAACACACAGCAAUUCUGGUGCUGUGCACUCAGCAGCGGACGAACGGUGACUGCUCGCAUCACUCCGGCAAAUAUAACUGUCAUUAAUGGAGUUGUACAUCAGAUUUAUCAGCUUCUGGGCUUUGUUUACAACACUGCUGUGGAAGAAAUUGCAAUAGAUCCUGUUACACAAAACUUUGAGCAGUUCAUCACUGUUGGAAGGAAAGACCUCCAGAAUGACCUCACUUCUGCAAAUGGAGUCACCGUCUUUGCUCCAAUAAACCAGGCCAUGUAUGCGAUAGCCAACGUUUAUCAGAACUACAUGAACAACCAAUCUCUGAUCGACAUGGUUAUAGAGAUGAGCAUGUUGAUGCAAGGACAACACAUCAAUUUUAUGGAUUACAAUGCUGGCUAUGAAUCAUAUGUAACUGUUGUGUCACGGUACAAUGGACGUCUGAUUAAAGUCUACAGUGAAGGAAAUGACACCUGGGUUGAAGGAGGUUAUGUGCAGGCCCGCGUGGUUAAACCAGACAUUGGAGUAACUAAUGGGGUCGUGCAUCAGAUUGAUGCUGUGUUUGGCAUUCCCACUCGAGACAUUCCAUACACCAUAUUUUGUAAAGACUGGCUUGCGUCAACUUUUGUCCAGAUGCAGUAUGUUGGAUUGACCAA